AUGCGUAUAGCUAGACUCAUGGCCAGGUCCUUCGCAGAUUAAGAUUAAGAUUAGCCAUUCGCACUUGAUGGGCCGGAUAUUUAUACCCCUACAUGCUCGUCGCCUAUGCUGAGGCUUCGGCGGACACCUUCUUGCUGCCACAAACAAGGGAUUCGCACAACCACUCUUGACUUCCAAGGCUACUAGAGUCUAAGGGCCAACCACCUGGGUCGAAACUCCCAGUUUCUCGUUAGAAAAAUGUCCAUCUCUUGAGUCCUGUUCGAGGGAGUCAGUCUCCACUCGGGACUGUCGCCAAUAUUGUCCUUUCCAAUGGUUGUUCUAGUGGUAAAAGCCCAAUUCUCACGGAUCAGCUCCGUAGGGCCAGAAUAAAACCUAGUCCGACAUACAAAAAAGGCUUCCGACUCCUUUCCACUUAAAUCCCCCACUGGGCCGUUACCUGCGGUGCUGAGGAAAUAGGGUCGAGAGGUCAGGUGGCACGUCGUCACCAUUUUUGUGUAUAUGUCCUUCGCAGAUAAGCGAAGUUAUUCACGGGUUCCUGCAAAGGCUCCAGAGAUGCCAAAAUACUUGACGGAAACAUACUGAUGGGCUUAUGUUCACCCUAAUGCAGUUUGGUUUUUCGAAAGACAGUGGCUAGUCAAUUUGAUUCUUUGGGGCAAUUUUAAUCGCUUAAGAGACCAUGCCCUGAGAGAAAUAAACUUCCCAAGCAAGACUUUACAAGUUGCAUGCGUUUAUGGAAACUUCACCGAAGAGCUCGCUCGUCUUUCAAACUCGGAAUCUGAAGUUCAUGUUGUUGAUGUUGCUGAAAUCCAACUUGAGAAUUUAAGAGAAAAAUGCAAAAAUGUAAAGAACCUACACGUCCACCACCAAGAUUCCACAAAUUUGGCAUUUGAGGACAAUGCUUUUGAUAACACAGUGGUCUACUUCUUGCUGCAUGAACAGCCUGAAGAAGCCAGAAAAUUGACCGUACAGGAAGCUGUGAGGGUCACAAAGCCUGGAGGAAAAGUGGUAUUUAUCGAUUAUCAUGGGCCGUCGAGGCUAAACCCAUUCCGCUAUGUGAUGAUUCCGAUCUUAAAAAACUUGGAACCAUUCGCACUGGAUAUGUGGAAGAAAGAAAUCAAAGAUUGGCUUCCUCCAGUGGCAGAUAUCUCGAAGGUGACUUAUUUUGGAGGGCUAUACCAGAAAGUAGUAGUUAAAAAGUAA